UUUCACAAAACAAUGAAUUUAACAAUAACAACUUUGAUAUUGAAUUGGUCAAAAUUAAUAUUGAUCAAUUGUCACAAUUCAUUGAAGAAUUUGUUGCUGCAGAAAAUCAAGAAUUUGAAUUAAAUAUCUUAUUUGAUAUUAAUAGAGAAAUGAAUUCGGUUUCUCAAGUUGCUAAAAAAUUAUAUGAAAUUAUUGAAAAUAGUGACACUUAUAUCAAGUGUAAACACCUGUUUAAUCAUGAGCAACCUGCUAUAUCUACUGGUGUUCCAAAAGAAAUAAUUACUGAAAUACAACAAAAUUGUCAUCUUGAUCCUUUACAACUUCGUUUCUAUUUAUCAGCACAUUUUGAUUUAAAGAAUAUUACGUUUAAACAAAUUUAUUAUUGGUGGACUAUUUCAAUUCAAUCAAAGUAUCAAAAGCAUAAAAAUCCUAUUCAAUCUGCUAUUCUUUUACUUCAAGAACAAUUUCAAAAUUGUCAAUUAUUAAUGUCAAUUAAUAAUAAUACUUUGACUGCAAUUGCUUUUUCAACACCAAAUUUUCAAUAUCUAAAAAGUGUUAAAGAAAUUCAUAUUGAUGCAACAUAUAAAACAUCGAAGGGGUAUUUUGAGUUAUAUAGAAUUAUUGGAGAAUAUCAAAAAACAGGAUUUGCUUUUG